UUCGCCAAACACAACUCACUGUCUCUGAUUGGUAGCGAAACUACAGUCAGGACCUGUAACGCUGAGUAAUAUUACAGUAUAAAGCAAGGCAGAAGUUCUUGAAAAUUUGAUAAGGUUUCUUUUGGUUUAAAUCAAUAGCAGCUAUGGAUCGAGGUAGAGGAAGAAGGCACUUGAUGAAAGAACCGUUACUUCCUAGUGGAACAAAUACUUUUAUUGAGACCAUUGUUGAAGAAAGCUUUCCUGAUGAUUUUGAAAAUUACUUUGAUGCUGAGAAUGGACAAUUUGACCCAAUUCACACCAUCACGACUUCAUCCACCCAACACGCUGACUUUACAACCUCCACUUCUUCGGCUUCAUCCGGCUCGUUUAUCGGUAGCAGUAUUUCUGAUAACAGUACUUCAGAGCACCCUACGAUGCUACAAGCAACACAGUCCUUCCCAAGGAGCGGACGCUAUCAGCAGAAAUUUCUAGACAGUGGUAGCUCGAACAGCUUCCACAGUUCGGGAUCCCUGCACGAUUGCGUUACCUUCUCGAACCAUGUAUCUCAAAACUGUUUACAAGACGAAAUCUCAGCGUCUUUUCCGCUGCAAAGCACGGGUCCAGGAUUUCUUAGUGAUAGGUCGAGCUACAACAACGCCUGUAUGGGGUCAGCUGGGGUUUUGUCAGACUUCUCGACUACAUCAGAGGAAGACAAUGAUCCACUUAACAUCGAACCAACCAUUCCUCUGGACCCGAACUUUGAUGUCCACGAUUAUCUACAUAGUCUACAGGUUGAGUUCAUCCAAAUCAAGGACCGAAUCUUUGAGAAACAACAGAGUCGUAAAGACAAGAAAGCGAGGCAAAGGAUUGUUGAUGGAAAGGUGAAAAUUUCAGUUAACUCUGAUAAACCGAUUGCUGAGCUUAGGGUGUGGGUACGUCGCGAACCACAGGCCGCGACGCUGUGUAAUGACAAGAAUGGUGAUGUUGAACUUAAAAAGCCAACUUUGUUAAGACACACUCAUAAUCAGUGGCUUUACGUGGUCGACCUAGACUCCGUCUACCAAGGGAAGGAACGACCUGUUUACGAGCUGGCCAAAGUCGAAAUGAACGAACGAAAUAUGUUCGAGAUCCUGGCCCAAGUCGUGUUCAAAAAUGGUGACGUUAGCGAGAAGAUCACUUCCAAGCCGUUUCUCAUCCGGACGCUCAAGAGAACACUCCAGGAUGAUGUCCCCCAGGUGCAAUCAGUGUCCACUAAAAGGCCUCAUACCUGGCAUCCUGGUGGAAUCCCCAGCAAGUCAAUAAAAUAUUCACCACGACGUUAUGUGGAAAACGAGCCAGACUCGUCAGCUUCUCCAGUGGGUUCAUCGACCUCAACGAGCACCACUUCCACAAACGCAGCAAUAGAGAAACUCGUGGUGGAUCAUUUGGAAGCGCAGCGUGCCAACAUCGAACACCUCACUUUCGGGUACAUGCUCCAGACGAAUCGUGGAGACAUCGCUUACCAUAUUCGUCUGACAGACCAGGCACAGGACCUAAAACUGACGGAGGGGGUGGUGGUGGGGUUUUUCCCUUCGGACGGAAAAACUAAAAUCGAGCCGCUUUGUAGUGAGAACAUCAAAGAUGCCGUCAUGGCGGGUGUGAUCAGUAGGUCUGCGUACAUCGAGGCCGAAGUUCCUAGUGAGAAUGACAAAAAUUAUGGCAAAACCGAUGCUGUUUGUGUGAUUGGAAUGAUAGGAGUCCAGGUAGAAGGAAGCGUGCGGACCGGCGAGAGAAUCUAUACUUCAAGCUCAAAGCGUGGAGUAGCUAUCCCAGAAUCCCACCUGCCCCUCGGGGGUGUGAUCGUACACGACAAUACGUUACUAGGCAUGGCAAUGGAACCACGAACACCUAAAGGCCCCGAGGAUCUUAAUGUUGUCAAGUGUUUUGUGUGUAUUGUACUUGGGAUAGGCACCAAGCAGAUGGCGAGAGAGGUAGAGACCAUCUUGGAUGGCAUGGAGAGUAAUCUAAAGCUUCAGGUGAUAAAUUCUUCGAAAAGGACUUGGAGACGUAUCUACUGCCUCGGAACCCUUGCACUACUAUUUCUAGCAUUAGUCGGCUUUCUUCUCUACCAGUAUCUGGCCUCUGGCACUAUGUACUGGUAUUGGAGGUGUGAACGGGGAGGAUUACCAAACCACUACCUGAAAUACACAUUCUUGGACGAAGGCAAGUCAGUUGAAGUGAACGGCGUCGAAUUCACGUACGAUGGAAUAAACAAGAAGCUCAGCGAGUUUUUUGAGAAAAGAGAGAUUAAGCACUUCUUUAAUCGAACAAAUGGUGUUCGUUUCUUUUUGAAUCUGGACCGUUGUGCUUAUGGCGGAGAGCAGGGAGGCGGAUUUUUGAGGAAGACAGUCAAAGGUGGUCUCGUGCUGGUCGUUGGAUGCCACUGUGAAGCGCCAGUAUAUAAGUUUAAAGACGAAAUAUGGUGCGCCUAUAGGUGUGCUAUGAUUCGUGGAAACUUGACAUGUAACCCUACAAGCUGCCCAAGUAAAUCUCCCCUUCACUGGCCACCACAACCUUCCGAGUAUUGCUUCGCUUAUAAAGAUCGUUGGAACGUGACAAAAGAAGGCUGUAGAAUUGAAAAGCCAAAUUCUAGUAUUGCUGUGAUCUCUGUACCUUUGUUACUCUUUUCUUGCCUCUUUUUUCUGACCAGUUACUGGUUUAUUUCAUAUUAAAAAAGUGGCGGUGGUGGUGGGGACUCCCAACUCAAGCGACAGUAGCGUUAAUAAUGUAGGAAUCCCCAGUGUUUAAGCAAAGCAAGAGAUUUCAUGAUUACACGAACACAGUAGCUUGUUUAUUCCAUGUACAAAAGACAAUAUAUAUCUAUCAUUUUGCUUAUCUAUAUUCAUCAAACUGGAUUUGAUUUUGGUUUUAUAGAAGUGUUAAAAGAGUCUAGGAAUGUUGGAAGUUGGGUUAUUCACCGGCACGGCACGGUGCGGUACACCGUACGCUUCGUUCUUACUAUUGCUGGGCUCCAACUAGCUGAUAAAAGUCUUUGAAUCUCAUCAUCUGCUCCAAAUGGUGGUCAAACAGUGACUACCAUGUUCUGUCAACCAGAAAGAAUUCUGAACAUUCCGCGCGAGACAAAAAAUGACAUCAUGUGAAAUUCAGCGAUACUCGUGACUACCUGUAGGGUUUUGCGUUUUUUCUCCUUUUAUUGGUCUCCCUCGAUCACCUAGUUCCAUCCCUACCCCCAAAAAAUUAUAAAUGUUUCUAUGAUAUUCAUAUUUUGUAUUGUAACUAUACUCAAUAUAACUUAACCUUACAUACUAA